CCCAAAACAUCUACAGUCAACACAUCUCCUGCUACACCCAAAAGCCAAAACUCCCGCGUUACCCAACCAAUCAGCAUCCAGCAUACACUAGCAAGAUGUCCAGCAAUCAGCAAGAACCGCCGCCCCCAGCGUCAUCUGCCACUCAGUGCCCUCGUUCCGCCAACUCUGAGAAGGAAAAGAAAGAGAUCAAGUAUCCCCGCAGAACAAUCGAGGUAUUUAUCGGCCAUCCCGGCAGAUACGACCCCCAAGUCUGGGAUUUCUUCUGCAGAACUCUUGUCCAAGACCCACGAUGGAUAUCCCGAACAGGCUACAGUCCCCUCAAUCAACCCCCUCCGCUCCUUCGCUAUCCCCCCGUACUCUUCCUCAUGUGUGGCAAAUUCAGCGGAGAUGAGGCGGAAGAAAAGACCAAGGCUGCCCUGCAUAUCCUCACGGCUUUGGGUUUCAGAAUGAGUAGUAAGACGGGACCUCGCCACAUUCACUGUUCGAUGGAAUGGGAUCCCCCCAGCCUCGAUCGGGCGAAGAAGAAGAGCUUGCCGGACGUUUCGUUGUUGGAGCAUAUCAAGUGGGAGAAGGGGGAGGCCCAGGUGGCGGAGGUAAAGACGAAGUUGGAAACUGAGGUAGUCGAUGGUGAAGAGGAGGGACAAACCGGAAACGAUGAUGUUGAGGAGAAGGUGAGUGAGGGCUGUGAGAAUUAGGAGUGGGCGAUACCGUAGCCGCUAGCAGUAGAUGUAUCAUGAGGAAGACGGACGGUUCUUUGGUCUGAAAGAUAGGUGUUGGCGGAAG